GCGCGCGCGAGGCCUCGGGGCGGGGCGCGAUGGCGGAGCCCGGGUGAGGCGGGGGUUUACUGUCCAAGAGGAUUUAUACCUUGCUUGAAAAGAUGCCUGCUGCCUGUGAGUCAGUGCUUGAGGAUAUUGAAGACAUCGUGUCAGCAGAGGAUUUGAAGCCGCACGAUCGGCAGUUUACGAGAAGGAAUGUUUUUCCCAAAGUGCGGAAACGCAACUCCCAGAAGAAUGCUCAGACAGAUGAUGAGCCCCCCAGUGACAGCAUUAUUCCCGGUGUUCAGAAAAUCUGGAUUCGUACAUGGGGAUGUUCUCACAAUAAUUCGGAUGGUGAAUACAUGGCUGGACAGCUGGCUGCAUAUGGAUACAAAAUUACAGAUAACUCUGAUGAAGCAGAUUUAUGGUUGCUGAACAGUUGUACAGUAAAAAAUCCUGCUGAGGACCACUUCAGAAACUCAAUCAAGAAAGCUCAAGAAGGGAAGAAGAAAGUUGUGCUAGCAGGCUGUGUACCACAAGCUCAACCUCGCCAGGAGUACCUGAAAGGUUUAAGUAUUAUAGGGGUUCAGCAGAUAGAUCGUGUAGUAGAAGUUGUGGAGGAAACUAUUAAAGGUCAUUCUGUGAGGCUGCUGGGUCAGAAAAAGGAUAAUGGAAAACGUUUGGGGGGAGCACGACUGGAUUUGCCAAAGAUUAGGAAGAAUCCACUGAUAGAAAUAAUUUCCAUCAAUACAGGGUGUCUCAAUGCAUGUACCUACUGUAAAACUAAGCAUGCCAGAGGAGAUCUAGCAAGUUAUUCUAUUGAAGAACUGGUGGACAGAGCCAAGCAAUCUUUUCAAGAGGGUGUUUGUGAGAUAUGGCUGACCAGUGAAGACACAGGGGCUUAUGGCAGAGACAUUGGCACAGACCUCCCCACGCUUCUGUGGAAGCUGGUUGAAGUUAUUCCUGAGGGAGCUAUGCUGAGGCUUGGCAUGACAAACCCUCCCUAUAUUUUAGAGCAUCUGGAGGAAAUGGCCAAGAUUCUCAAUCAUCCAAGAGUGUAUGCUUUUCUACACAUACCAGUCCAGUCAGCCUCUGACAGUGUGCUCAUGGACAUGAAAAGAGAAUACUGUGUGGCAGACUUCAAACAAGUGGUGGAUUUCCUUAAAGAAAAAGUGCCUGGAAUAACAAUUGCUACAGACAUCAUCUGUGGAUUUCCAGGAGAGACAGAUGAAGAUUUUCAAGAAACUAUGAAACUUGUAGAACUGUACAGGUUUCCAAGCUUGUUUAUUAAUCAAUUCUACCCACGUCCAGGAACCCCAGCUGCAAAAAUGCCUCAAGUUCCAGCUGCAGUGAAAAAACAGAGAACGAAGGAUCUGUCCCAGCUGUUUCAUUCAUACAACCCAUAUGAUCAUAAGGUUGGUGAGAGGCAGAGAGUUUUGGUAACAGAAGAAUCCUUUGACUUCAAAUACUACGUUGCUCACAAUCCUUUCUAUGAGCAGGUUCUUGUGCCAAAGGAUCCUCUGUUAAUGGGUAAGAUGGUAGAAGUGAAUAUUUAUGAAGCUGGGAAACAUUUUAUGAAGGGGCAGCCAGUAUCAGAUGCCAGAGUUCAUACUGCAUCCGUCAGCAGACCGUUAGCAAAAGGAGAAGUUUCUGGUUUAACAGAGGAGUUCCGACGUUCAGCGCAGAAUGGCACAAAGUGGAAAGCACAGCCUAAUGCUGAGAUCCCAGUGAAAACACGGCUCAGCUCCUGGAUGGCUUUGCAGCUGCCAUGGCAACAAGAGGGAGGUGGACUGAAGAUCCUGUCUGCCAGCCUGGCUCUACUGGCAGUUCUUGUUAUGUUUUACUACGGAGGAAUGAAAACAGAACUGUGAACUGAAUGGGGCUUUUAUCUAAACAAUGAAACUGCUGUUCAAAAUCUUCAAAGGAAACACUUUUACCAGCAAAUAUUUUUUUUUUUAUUUUAGAAAGAAAAAAGCUAAUAUAAAUUGGGCAAUAAUUUGUACUCACUCUAUGCCUUUCCUGUCAUUCAAAGGAGAGAACAUUAAUAAGCUGUGGGAAGGCCUAUCUUGCCAAAUCCUGAGAUCCUUGGUUGGUUGAACAGGUUGUUACAUCUUCUCUUUUCUUUUUUUUCCUAAAAUGAUGCAGUGUAUGCAUUACAUGCUCUUUUCAUAUUUGCUGUAUCAGAUAAAAUUGCAUUAAUUUUUUAAGGAAUCUUUCCAUUGAGUGAUAUUGGUCAUCUUUUAUGGGUAGAUUAUUUAAAGCUUUCCUAAAGAUUUUGCUUGAUGCAGUGUGAUUGUUUGGUAUCUGUCUUUUUACAUUAGAAUGAACACUGCAAGGCCAUUAAAGUUUGUUAUUUGUUGCUAUUUA